AUGUCAAAUACGCCUCCACCAAGGACGGGCUCACCAGUACCUGGACUAAAUAAACCAACAGCUAAAAGGUCUCCGUCAAUUUUAGUUACAGAUGUAAGAAGUCAUCAAGUUAAAGGCGCUAGAGCUCCAUUUGCAGGUCAAAACUUCAAAAAGCAACAACAAUUACAGCAACAACAACAACAGCAGCAGCAGCAAUCCGGUUAUAGUUUUGAACAACUGCAGCAUCAAAAUGCAUUACAAAAACGAUUGGCAUUUAGAAACAAGUAUACUGAUAUUUCGGUUGAUAAAUUGUUAAGUAAUUCAAGUGAUAUUCCAUCUGGUCAAAGUAGAUUUCCGCCUAAACUUGGAGGUAAAAGAUCGAGGCCAUCAUCACCCACUCCACCGAUUACGUCUCCAGAAUCCAGAAGAAACAUAAGAAGUAUACCGAAACUAUCAACGUCACUACCUACUAGAACAUCAAAAACAUCACAGAAAUUGGUACUCAUUCCCGAUCAAUUGAGACAAAACUCCCCACCUUUAUCAUCAGACUCAGAAGAAUCAUUAUUACUUCAAUCUCAACAACAACAACCUGAUUUACUGGCUCAAAUACUAAGGUCUAGAGCAGAGUUAAUGCCGAAAGAAAAAAGAGCUCAAGAAUUUAGCAGAGUGACUGCAUAUUUCAUAUGUGAAGAAUUCAAUCUACCGGCUGUUGCAAAAUUUCUAAGAAAAAAUCAUGAAGUUAAACCUAGAUUAUACGAUGAAGCAUUAUAUGUACCGUAUGCUUUACCAUUAUUACCAGGAAGUGAUGGGCUACGAGUGAAAUCUAAUAAUUCAUCAAAAUUACAAGCUAAAAACAAACAUAUGGAAAAAAUGAUAAAUAAAUCAGAACAAACCGAUCAUUUAUACGAAUACUAUUCCGGUGUUGAAACUCCGGAAGAUGCUAAUAAUUAUUCAAUGGAUCCAGAGUUAGAAAAUUUUGAUAACGCACCAUUCGAUCCUAGUGAACCUCAAUUUUUUGCACCACCAUUGGAUAGUUCUGAAGAAGGUGAACAGCUGAAUGUAAAAAGUAUACCUGAGACUAAUGGAUCUCAUCAACAAUCAGAUGUUUCAAAACAUCAUGCUGAAAUGUUUGUUUUUGCAUAUGGAAUAGUCGUAUUUUGGAAUUUCUCUGAAAUACAUGAAAAAAACAUAUUGGCGGAUUUAGCAUUUUCUGAUAAAGACUUAUUGAUUAAUCCAAUUGAUGAACAAGACAUAGAGACUGAAGAGUUUCAUUUUGAAUACGAUAGGGAACUUCAUCGGCCUAGAAUAUAUAAUGAUAUGAUCACUUUAAGGAGUGGUGAUCAUUUAAUUAAAUUGACCAUGUCCAUGGCAAUUGCACAACUGACAAAAUUAGGAUUGUUCGAAAGUCGAAUGGUCAAUAUCCUACAUCUGAUUAGUAAAUUACCAAAAAAAUUAGCAUUAACUGGAAGAUUAGGUUUGAAAAGAAAUCAAUUACUUAGGAAAUCAGGAAAAUUGUUUAAGUUAAGAGUUGACGUCAAUUUAUCGAGUUCUAUAUUAGAUACACCUGAUUUCUUCUGGUCAUUCGAACCAGCUUUACACCCAUUAUACAACGCCGUUAGAGAAUAUUUGGAAAUUGAUCAAAGAGUACAAGUCUUAAACGAUAGAUGUAAAGUAUUUUUGGAAUUUUCCGAUAUUGUUUCAGAUAAAUCAAAUGAGAUGCCUCUAGUAUCAAUUUAUGGCCCCGAUCGGCAAAAUUUGUCAUCAAAUGAUCGUAGUAAUGGACAACAAAUGAGAUCAAAUAUUCAAGAUGAUCUAAUGGAAAUCGAUGAAAAUUUAGAAGAGAUAAAUCGUAGAUUUCAUCACAAUGAAGAUAGUAUGGAAGUUGAGGCUCUUCCACAAUAUGAACAAGUAUCAGGAAAUGUUUCAUACCUUAUAAUUGAUACCAAUUUUUUCAUACAAAAUUUACAAUUUAUUGACGAUUUAUACAACAUAGCUGAUCAAUUCAAAUUAAAGUUAGUUGUUCCAAAUGCGGUGAUCGGAGAGCUAGAUGGGUUAAAAAAGAAUGAAAUAAAAGGUGUAUCUGCAAGGAACGCUAUUAAAUGGAUUCAUAAGUCUUUAAGCGAGGACAAAGAUGUAAUGCGAGGGCAAAGAUUGAGUGAGUCAUAUGAUCGAACUUUACAUGGAGAUGAUUCGAUAUUAGAUUGUUCCCUUUGGUAUCAAAACACUUAUGAGAUAUCAUUAGUUGUACUACUUACCAAUGAUAAAAAUUUUGUGACAAAAGCCAGAAUAAAUGGAAUAAAAACAUUUGAGUAUUCUGAUGAUUAUUCUGCUAGUGAAGUUGGAUCGAUAGUCUUGCAAGAAAAUAUUUAUGUUUUUGGAGAAAGAACCGAUGAGUAUAGAGUACAGAGGGGACACCAAUUAAAAAGUCAGCAACCCAAAGUGCAACCACAGAGCACUAAGGAUUCAUUUAGAAAUCUAGAGGAUAAACUACUAAACAUAGAUCAAACUUUGACAAGUACUGAAAGGCUCGAUACAAUAUACAAUGAAAUUGUCACUUGUCUUAGAGAAGGUAUUCAUAAGGCAUUAGUAAAAGAAUAUCAGGAAUCGCUAGAAUUAUUACAAAAUUACAACAAAAUGGGAUUAAUGACAGUUGAUGAAUGUUCAAGAACGAUCAUUAGAUUUUGGCAAGUCUUUGGGUCAUAUUUUAGAAGAAAUGAUUUAUUACCAUUCAGAGAAGAAGGCAAGGGAAGAAACUCGAAGAAAUUUCCGAUCAACUUGAACGAUGGCAGAUCUUAG